AUGGCGGAGGCUGCUGCUCAAACCGUGCUGGACAAGAUCAGCCAGGGGCAUCUGGAAUGUCCGAUCUGUUGCUGUCGAUUCAAGGAUCCAAAGAUACUGGACUGUCUGCAUAGCUUUUGCCUGAACUGUCUAGAAAAUAUGAUAGGCAAACAAAAGUCUGAGUCAAAGAAAAUAACAUGUCCAGUCUGCAGGAGAGAAACGGAAGUUCCUGAUGGAGGAUUGCAGAGUCUUUCAUCCAGCUUCUUUUUGAUUUCUCUUGUUGAUGAAAUACACAAACAAGAACAGCUUUUAGGGAAGGCAUUAACUACUUGUGCGACGUGUAAAUCGUGUGAUGAAGGACAUGAGACUGUAUCAAGAUGUCUUGACUGCAAGACGAACAUCUGCAAGAAAUGCCAAGAGGCACACCAGUUUCUGAAAUAUACCAAAGACCAUCGCAUCAUUCCUGCAGAGGAAUUGGACAAAUCGAGGGUUUUACCUGCAGAUAUUAGCAAGUCUGUCGAAUCAAAAUGUAGAAAGCACAUUGAUCAGUCAUUAUGCUUUUACUGUGAAAGCUGUGAUAUAUUGAUUUGCUCAAUGUGUGCUGCAACAGAACACCGGACAGCCGAUCACAAGUACACUGCAAUCUAUGACGCCAUCGGAUCAUUCCGUAAGAGUGUCGACGACAUUUUGCAAAAGUUCGAUAAAAGCAAAGAACAAUUGGCAUCAAACGGAGACUCGAUCACACAUGCACGAAAAAGAUUACAAAAGAAUCUUGCUCAGGCUCGUAGUGAUAUUUCUGCAAAGGCGGAAGCAGAGAUCGCCAAAAUCAGAAAGAAAGCAAAGCUUCUCAACGAAAAGGUCGACCAAAUCGGUCUGGAGAGAGACAGUGAGUAUGAAAAGGUGCUCAUGCACAACCGUAGCCAGAUGGAACGCGCAGAUCAGAUCGUCACGGCCGUAAAUGACUUGAUGAGACAAGCCGAUGAUUUUGAGCUUUUAGAGCUCAAGCCGAAGGUGAUGCAUAACUUGGAAUUCCAGAAGGAGCUGAAGUGUGAACCGGCAAAAGUGGAUAUGGCGUUCAUCGGGGUCACAUGUCAAGAUGUCGUCAGUGACACGGAUCUUGGGAAACUAUUGCUCAAAGAGAAAUGGCAGUUGAAGGAAGAGUUCGGCAAGAAGGGCAACGGUGACGGGAAAUUCCAGUGUGCAGGGGCCGUUAAAUGUUUCAGCAACGGUGACAUCGUAGUAUGUGACACAGACUUGAAACGGUUAUCGUUGUUUACAUCCACUGGGCAUUUCAAAACAUCGAUUGCUCAAGGAGCCGAAUGUCAUGAAUUGGAUGAUCCUUUUAGCGUGGCAGUGAACUGUGAUGAUCUGCUUUUCGUCACGGAUAAAGAUAAAGUGAAGGUUUUUGACAAAGAGCUACAGUAUGUUCGCGAGUUUACACCUACAGUUGAUGAUACAGAGGGACGAUCAGAGAGUGACCUACGUGGUAUUGCUGUGGACAAGCAACGUGUAGCAGUGGCUGACCGGGGAAGAAAGGUCAUCAGUGUCCACAACCUGGACGGAUCGUUGAUUACAAGCACAUCAAACAACAUGGUUAAAAAUGACUUGGCAAUGUGCAACAAAGAGCGGCUGAUCUUCACAAACGACAAGGAGAAGAGGUUAAUGUGCGUUGAUUUGAAGGGCAAUGAGGUGUUCAACGUAAUGACAUUACGAAACGGGAAACCUGUGAGUCCCAAUAGUGUCAUGUGCGAUGAUGUUGAUGGGAGCAUCUAUAUCGCUGUUAAUUUCAAGAGAACUGGGAAUGGUGCUGUGCAACAUUAUGGUUUAAAUGGUAAAUUCAUAGCAACAGUAGCUCAAGGGUUGUUCAAUCCGUUUGAAAUGGCAUUCACCCCCGCCGGUAACGUCGUUGUCGCAGACAUGCACUCCGUCAAAGUCUUCGACCGGAUGUAA